GAAGCUAUCCGCUUGGCAAAGGACUUCAAUUACCUCUGUGAGAACGACUUCCCUGUCACCACCACCGCCCAGUUUCUCCUGCGCGGUCUCACUAGCACGGCUCCCGGUACGAUCAUUGCCCGUCGAAAUCAAGUUUGUGCGGCGAGGCAGGUCAUACUCGAACUGGCAGAGGCGGUUGGUAGCGAAAAGAGUUGUGCUUGGCGAGGCGGUGGACAGCAUCAAAAUACAACCCCUGGCAGGCUUACGUCCCUCCCAGACACUAUAAAUCAGCAUUCACUGACGAACUUCAAUCUCAUUACUCACGGCUUCGGCUGCCCUACCGUUCUUGGCGUAUUGAACAUUUUGCAGCGUACACUGGCGGAGACUAUGCGAUGUAUUGACAAGGACUAUGGUUUGCAACAUUCAAAUGGGGUAGCUGGCAUGCCUCCAAUGGAGGGUGUCUCUAACAAGCAAAUAAUGUCGCGGUUUUUGCCAUCCUCGUUGACACAGCAUCCUCCGAACUUCCUGUACAACAACGGGCAACUAUUCUACCCUUCUCCACCCCCCUCGCAGAUGACCGGGAAGCUGCCGCCACCGGCUGAGGAUCAGGAUAUGACCGCUGUGGCCCCAGUCCCCAGAGCUGGCCCAGGACGUAUGGGUUAG